UGGUCCACCUCCCGGACAGACGGACGGAGGGACGGAUGCUGUUCCCCGGCCGAAGCUGCGGCGGUGGCCGUCCCCUCUGCUCUGGGCUGAGCGUUCCAGCCCAGGCACAGCUGCUCCUGGCCAUGGCAUGGCAAGGGACAACCACGGGACUCGCUCACCGUUUCUCCUCCUUUCCAAGCGGUGGCUGGUGCUUCUGGGACUUGGAGGUGGCAGAGGAUGCUGAGGCCUCACAGUCGCCAUAAGGACGAUUUGGGCAGCCAUCGGCAGCACGCCGGGGUGGUGGGAGCCACAGGCAGCAUGCUGCUGCUGAGCCGCUCUGCGCUGCACCUCCCAGCCCUGUGCUGGUGCCUGUUCCUCUGCACUGAUGCCCAGGAGGUGGCCACGGUCACAGUGCGGUACCGGGUGUUCGAGGAGGUGCCACUGGGAACCGUGAUCGGGACACUGGCCGAGCAUUUUGAGGGGGGAGAGAGCGGCGAGGCAGCGGACACCUUCCAGCUGAUGGAGACCCCCGGGAGGUUCCCGCUGCACGUGGGGAGUGGGGAUGGGGUGCUCAGCACAGCCGGGCGGGUGGACAGGGAGCAGCUGUGCCGGCACAGUGAUCCCUGCUGGGUCUCGUUCGACGUGCUGGCCGCCCGAAACCUGGCGCUCAUCCACGUGGAGAUUCAAGUGCUGGACGUCAAUGACAACGCGCCGCGGUUCCCCACGCCUGAGCUGGAGCUGGAGAUGUCGGAGAGUGCGUCCCUGCGGACGCGGAUCCCGCUGGACCGAGCCCUGGACGCCGAUGCCGGCACCAACGCCCGCUGCUCCUACGCCCUGUCCCGCAGCGAGCACUUUGCUCUGGAUGUCGUCUCCAGCUCCGACGGCACGAGGCACGCGGAGCUCGUCGUGGUUAAAGAAGUGGACCGGGAGCUGCACUCCUCCUUCGACCUUGUACUGACGGCCACUGAUCAUGGGGAGCCACCGAAAUCAGGUACCGCUUUAAUUAAAGUCAUUGUCCUUGACUCCAAUGAUAAUAGCCCCGUCUUUGCAGAGAACUCUUUGACAGUAGACGUUCCGGAGGAUGCUCUGCCCGGGACCCUCCUCGUGACGGUCACAGCCACCGACCCCGACCAGGGCCCCAAUGGGGAGAUUGAGUACAGCCUGAGCAGACACGCACCCCCGGAGGUGCUGAGCGCUUUUGGCAUCGAUGCCCGCACAGGCAGCGUCAUCCUGAAGCACCCACUGGACUAUGAGGAGACCCACGCCUAUGAGCUGGAUGUGCAAGCCCGGGACCUGGGUGCCAACCCCAUCCCAGCGCACUGCAAGAUCCUGGUCAAAGUCCUGGACGUCAACGACAAUGCUCCCAAUGUCCACGUCACCUGGGCCACGCGGGCACCCGUGCUCUCCGAAGCGCUCCCCAAAGACAGCUUUGUGGCUCUGGUGACGGCCAGCGACCCUGACUCGGGAAGCAACGGGCAAGUGCAUUGCUCCCUCAGUCAGGGGUAUGAGCACUUCAGGCUGAAGAGGACCAACAGCCACAGCUACGUGCUGAUGACCAACGAUGUGCUGGACAGGGAGCUGCGCGCCGAGUACAACCUGACGCUGGAGGCGCGGGACCACGGUGACCUCUCCUUGGCAGUGCUGAAGCACCUCACCAUCUGCAUCAGCGACGUCAACGACAAUGCUCCCUCCUUCGAGAAGGCCACCUACGAGGCCGCCGUUGCCGAGAACAGCAAAGCACCUGCCUUCUUGCUCACCGUCCGUGCCACUGACCCUGACCUGGGUUUCAAUGGAAAAAUCACCUACAGCAUCCUGGAUUCCUCCACUUCCGGUCUGGUCUCUAUCGACCCCACCACUGGGGAUGUUUUUGCCCUCCAAGCUUUUGAUUACGAGCAGGUGAGAAGCCUGGAGUUCCUGGUGACUGCGGAGGAUGGUGGUCACCCCAAGCUGGCGUCCAGUGUCUCCAUCAGGCUGGAUGUGCUCGACCGGAACGACAACGCGCCCGUCAUCACCGCACCGGUGCUGGUGGGAGGUGCGGCCACGCUCUCUGUCCUGGUCAAUGCGGAGACGGGGUGCUUCUGGGUGGCUCCCAGGAACAGGAGCACUCAAGGGACUGCAGCGGUGACGAAUGCAACACUCUCAUCGUGCACCGGAGCCCCGCUCCUCUUCACCAUCACAGCCAGGGACGUGGACUCUGGCAUCAAUGGGGCUCUCCGGUAUGAUCUGGUGGGUGGGGAUGAUGCUGGGCUCUUCAUCCUGGACCCUCUUUUGGGGCAGCUCUUCCUCAAUGCCAGCAACGCCAGCAGCCUCGCCGGCAGCGAGCGGGAGCUGGUGGUCCGGGUGAGUGACGGCGGGGACAUCCCCCUGCAUGCCAUGGCCCGGGUCCGCUUGGUUUUCCGGCACCAUGGGGCGUUCUCCAAAAUCUCAGCCUGGGGACCUGCGUGGCCGAGCCCCUCGGUGGUGGCCGUGAUCUGCCUGGCCACUGUCCUGGGUGGCUGCCUCCUCCUGGUGGCUUUGACCCUGUCCUUACGCAAAAAGGAGAAGAAGGACGGCAUGGCCUACAACUGCCGGGAGGCCGAGGACGCCCGCAGGCAGCCGCAGCUCAAGAAGCCGCACAGGCAGAUCCAGAAGGCCGACAUCCACCUGGUCCCGCUGCUGCGGGGCCGCCCCCGGGAGGCUGAGCCCCCCCGGCCCUGCCAGGGCGAUCUGCCCGGCACAGCCGCCCCCGCACCAGGGGCCUCCCCGCAGGCUCCCCUCCACCUCACCCCCACUCUCUACAGGACCCUGAGAAACCAGAGGACCCAGAAAGACUCAGAUGAGCUCCAGGGGACCUUCAGCCUGCCCAUCCCGCAGCGCCGGCCCUGCCAGCCCCACAGACCCAAAAAUCUGGGCAAAGAGGCUGCAAGCCCCCUGGACGCGCCUCCGCACUGCAGGAGCUUGGUGAAGCCACCGCAGGGGCCUGUGGGACAGUCCCCACUGCCACCCAGCCCACCCAGGGGCACGGGGGGAUCCGAGCAGCCCCAGCCCCACCAGCACAUCCUCAGGAGCCUGGUCCGGCUGUCGCUGGUGGCACUGGCGGAGCAGAGCCCCACCGGGGAGUUCGCCAUGGAGUCGCCCCCGGUGCAGCAAAUCUCCCAGCUGCUCUCCCUGCUGCACCAGGGCCAGUUCCAGCCCAAAACCAACCACCGGGGAAACAAGUACACGGCCAAGAACAGCAGCAGGGCCGCGGGGCUGGACGCCGACUGCCUGAGCACGAAGGACAGCGGGCACGGCGAGAGCGAGGCGGAGGACCGCGACUCGGAGAGCGCGUUCGAGCUGUCCGUGCAGCAGCUGGUGGGAGAGGAGCUGGAGACCCUCCUGGAGCCGCAGGCAGAGCUGGCCCUCAAGAGGCUGACGGCCGCGGACCCGGCCUGGGUGGCUCGGCUCUCCCUGCCGCUCGCUGGCAGCUACAAGGACAACGUCUUCUGCCCCGACUCGCCACACUCGCCGCAGGACGAGGACGCCACAAGGGAGGAGAAACCGCGCACCUUCGAGACCUUCGGCAAAGGCGCCGGGGCUGACUCGAACGCCGCCGGGACGAGGUUGGCCAGCACCUUCCUUUCAGAAAUGAGCACCCUCUUUGAAAUGAUUUUGUCCCAGAAGGUCCAAGUCCACAACGAAACGAGCUCGGGGCUCCUGCGGCAGCUGUCGGCACGUGGGAAGAGCCUCGGGCUGGACGACAGCGCUCCUGUUCUGUAGGCAGCUUGGCGGCUGUGAGAAGGAGAGAAGAGUCAAGACAGAGCGUCUUCCAGCGUUUGGGGUGCACACGUGUUCUUUAGUGGGGUCACUGUAUCACCCAAAUCUCAACUGAUCGUGACAGGUGUAUUUCCUCCUUUGCCUCACCCCAUCAAAUUUCUCCACAACUGAUUUCACCUUGUUUAGCUCCCUUUUCCCUGCCGGGUCCUGCUGUCCCAGCUUUCCUCCUCUUCCACCCUCACCUUCCACUUCACCAUCAUGUCACAUAACAGCAGGAGGGUCCUUUACACCCAGGGCAGGACAGCUUGGGGGGGUUGUUAGAUUAACCACAGCACAGCUACAGCCACGUGAUUAUAGACUGUGCAACACGAGCGAUAAAACACUGCAGUCAUGGACUUUGCAAGAUGCUGCAGAGUUUGGCUCCAGGAUCUCAGUUCUUAUUUAAAUAAAACUGUUUUUUUUCUAACACUACAA